AUGAUCGCGGCCCAGGCCAAGCUGGUGUAUCAUCUGAAUAAAUACUACAAUGAGAAAUGUCAAGCGAGGAAAGCUGCCAUCGCCAAAACAAUCCGAGAAGUCUGCAAAGUGGUGUCGGACGUGCUGAAGGAGGUGGAGGUGCAGGAGCCUCGCUUCAUCAGUUCCUUGAAUGAGAUGGACAAUCGUUACGAGGGGUUGGAAGUCAUCUCCCCCACAGAGUUUGAAGUCGUGCUGUAUCUGAACCAGAUGGGGGUUUUCAACUUCGUGGACGACGGCUCCUUGCCGGGCUGUGCUGUGUUAAAGUUAAGCGACGGGCGCAAGAGGAGUAUGUCCCUCUGGGUGGAGUUCAUCACGGCGUCUGGCUACCUCUCCGCUCGCAAAAUCCGGUCCAGAUUUCAGACUCUGGUGGCUCAAGCCGUGGAUAAGUGCAGUUACAGAGACGUGGUAAAGAUGGUGGCGGACACCAGCGAAGUGAAGCUGAGAAUCAGGGAUAGAUAUGUCGUGCAGAUCACUCCGGCGUUCAAAUGCACCGGGAUCUGGCCGCGGAGUGCUGCCCACUGGCCGCUUCCCCACAUCCCCUGGCCAGGACCCAACAGGGUAGCGGAGGUCAAGGCGGAAGGCUUCAACCUCUUAUCCAAGGAGUGCCACUCUCUGGCCGGCAAGCAGAGCUCGGCCGAGAGCGAUGCCUGGGUGCUGCAGUUCGCAGAAGCCGAGAAUAGACUGCAGAUGGGCGGCUGCAGGAAGAAAUGCCUCUCUAUCCUCAAAACCUUGCGGGACCGGCACCUGGAGCUGCCGGGCCAGCCCCUGAAUAAUUAUCACAUGAAGACUCUGGUUUCAUACGAAUGCGAAAAGCACCCUCGCGAGUCGGACUGGGACGAGUCGUGCCUGGGGGACCGGCUCAACGGGAUUUUACUCCAGCUCAUUUCCUGCCUCCAGUGCAGGAGGUGCCCGCACUACUUCUUGCCCAAUUUAGACCUCUUUCAGGGCAAACCUCACUCGGCUCUGGAAAACGCGGCCAAACAAACGUGGCGACUGGCUAGGGAAAUACUUACCAACCCGAAAAGUUUGGAGAAACUUUAG